AUGAAUUCAGUUCAAACUCUCUUUUUUGGUAUUCGUGAGUACCUUAGUCCUGUACUCAAGAACUCAAAAUUCAAAGAAACUGGUUGCAUUACUCCAGAGGAGUUUGUGGCUGCCGGUGACUUUUUGGUAUAUAAGUGUCCAACGUGGAAAUGGGAAAGUGGCGAAGUAAGUAAAAGAAGAGAUUAUUUACCCGCUGAAAAACAAUUCCUUAUCACAAGAAAUGUACCAUGUUUUAGACGCGUCAAACAAAUGGAAUAUACUGAAGAAGAUUCAGAGACUCAAAUUGAGACUGAAAAUGGCGAAGAAGCAUGGGUUGCAACUCAUAGUGGUCGUGUCGUCGCAAAUAUUGAGGAAAUUGUUCAGCAAAUUGAAGGAGAGGAUGAAGAAAUUAUCAAGAGGAAUAGCAUUGUAUUAGAGCCCGAGAAUGAUAAAGAAGAAGUUGAUAUCCCUAAUAUUGAAGAUAUUCCGGAUAUUGAAGAUGUUGAAGAUGGUUUAGUUGAAGAAGAAGAUCCUGCGACAUUAGCUACAACGAGUAAUGUCGUAGUUUCUUCACACGAUGACGGGCCCAGUGACAAAAUCCUUCAAGUACGAACAUACGAUGUAUUUAUUACCUAUGAUAAAUAUUAUCAAACACCACGUAUGUGGCUAUAUGGUUAUGAUGAGCACCGAAGGCCAUUGACAUCAGUUCAAAUAUUUGAGGAUAUUUCUCAAGAUUAUGCUAAAAAAACCGUUACAAUUGAGACACAUCCACACUUGAACAUGUCAUUGGCUAGUAUUCAUCCUUGUCGUCAUGCUCAAGUUAUGAAAAAGAUUAUUGAAAAAAUGAACGAAGAAGCUCUUAAAAAAUUUGAAUUGUUACAACAACAAUAUGGAAAUUCUCCAAAUGCUCCACAAGCAGAACAAGCACAAGUUAGAGUAGAUCAGUAA